GUUAAACUUUAGAAGUACCAGAAGAAAAGCUUUUGAUUACUUUCUAGUGAAAAGUGUUAGUUCAGCACCACCUUCAAACAUUACAGAGCUUGUUUAAUCUACAAUCAACAGGGCUCUUUUUAGUUGAUUCUCAUUGGUCUUGACCCUUUCCUGGUCUGUCCAUAAGUUAUUACAAAGUUUAACUUCUGUUUUUUGUUUGCUUGGAUAAUCAGUCAUGUUCACCAUCACAUGGUCAGAUCCCUCAAACAUUAAGCCAAAAAAGUUAAUGCAUCACACAUCCUCAAUUUAGGAAUUUGUUAAAUGUUGUCAAAAAUGCUUUGCUGCCAAAUUAUUAAUUUUCCUAACAGUGAUGCCAUCCAUUAUCCAUAACUGCUUAUCCUGUGCAGAGUCACAGGCAAGCUGGAGCCUAUCCCAGCUGACUAUGGGCGAGAGGCAGGGUACACCUUGAACAAGUCGCCAGAUCAUCGCAGGGCUAACACAUAGAGACAAACAACCAUUCACACUCACAGCUACGGUCAAUUUAGAGCCAUCAAUUAGCCUAACCUGCAUGUCUUUGGACUGUGGGGGAAACCAGAGCACCUGGAGAAAACCCGGGCAGACACAACAUGCAAACUCCAUACAGAAUGGCCCCCGUCAGCCACUGGCUCAAACCCAGAACCUUCUUGCUGUGAGGUGACAGUGCUAAUCACUACACCACCAUGCUGCCCUAACAGUGAUGCAUUUUUGUAAAUUUGAACAUAUUUGGUGUGUCAUUUCAUUCAUAUGUGUUAUCGUAAAUAAUUUUUUUUUAGCCAAACUACAAUAUAUAGCCAAAUGUAUGUGGCCGGCCUGACUUUCACAGUCUGUGGCAGUGGGGGCGUGGCCAAGCAGCAGUCUGUGAAUGGAGGGCGGGGUCGGGGAAGGUAAGUGGCUAAAUCAUUCCACCUGCUGUCAAUUAAUGUGUGUGCAUGUGUUUGUUACAGGGAUGGAGCAUAAAAGGAGAGAGAAGAGAAAAAGAGCUCUCUCCCCGACCACAACAGGAGCCUUUAUGAUUCCUUACCUGAUCCUGCUGGUGUUUGAGGGAGUUCCUCUUCUUCACCUGGAGUUCGCUAUUGGACAGCGCCUGAGGAAAAGCAGUGUAGGGGUUUGGAAGACCAUUAGUCCUUACAUGAUAGGAGUAGGAAUUGCAUCCAUGUGCGUGUCCCUGUUAGUCAGCCUCUACUACAACACUAUAAUUGCCUGGGUCAUGUGGUACUUCUUUAACUCAUUCCAGGACCCACUACCUUGGAGCCAGUGUCCCGUAAAUUCAAACAAAACAGGUUUGGUGAUAGAAUGUGAGAGGAGCUCCCCUGUGGAUUAUUUCUGGUACAGGGAAACCCUGAACACAACUACUACCAUCGACGAAUCAGGAGGACUGCAGUGGUGGAUGGUGCUGUGCCUUAUUUCAGCUUGGGCUGUACUCUUUAUCUGCUGUAUCCGUGGAAUCGAGACCACUGGCAAGGCAGUAUAUGUGACCUCCACAUUACCCUAUGUGGUUCUCACCAUUUUUCUAAUCAGAGGACUGACACUGAAAGGCUCCGUUGAUGGAAUUAAAUUUCUAUUUACACCAGAUCUCAAGGAGUUAGCAAACCCAUCGACCUGGCUGGAUGCAGGUGCUCAAGUCUUCUAUUCCUUCUCUCUGGCGUCUGGUGGCCUCAUCUCCUUCUCCAGCUACAACUCAAUCCAUAACAACUGUGAGCAGGAUGCUGUGAUCAUCUCCGUCAUCAAUGCCUUCACCUCAGUCUUUGCUGCCACUGUAAUCUACACCAUCAUCGGUUUCAGAGCCAAUGAGAGAUUUGAUGAUUGUCUUUCAGGAAACAUUAUGACUUUACUGAACACAUUUGAGCUGCCAGAAGCAAACAUCACCAAAAGUAACUACGAUGAAGUUUUUAAAGAGCUUAACAACACAUACCCUCAUAUCAUUCAGAGCCUAAGUCUUUCGAAAUGUGUCCUGAACACGUUCCUCAGUGAGGGUGUAGAGGGCACAGGCCUAGCCUUCAUUGUGUUCACUGAGGCCAUCACAAAGAUGCCCUUGUCUCCACUGUGGUCUGUCCUUUUCUUUGUCAUGCUCUUCUGCCUUGGCUUGUCUUCCAUGUUUGGAACCAUCGAAGGAGUCUUGGUGCCUUUGCAGGACUUAAAUAUCUUCCCUAAACACUGGCCUAAAGAAGUGCUCUCAGGACUUACCUGUCUGGUGUGCUGUUUAAUUGCAUUAAUAUUCGUCCAAGGGUCAGGGAAUUACUGGCUGGCACUCUUUGAUAAUUAUGCUGGUUCCGUCCCUCUACUCAUUAUUGCCUUCUGUGAGAUAGUUGGAGUGGUGUAUGUUUAUGGAAUAGAUAGGUUCAAUGAAGAUCUGUUUUUCAUGAUUGGCCACAAGCCCAAUAUCUUCUGGCAGGCCACAUGGAGAUUUAUCAGCCCCAUCAUCAUGUUAUUCAUCUUCAUUUUUUACUUCGUUACCACUGUCUCCAAGGAGCUCUUUUACAUCACCUGGGACCCCGAAUCGCCUGAAUUUCCUACUUUGGAGGAGAAGACCUACUCACCGUGGAUCUAUGUAAUAAUCUUCAUGUUGGCUGGGACUCCUAGUCUUGUUGUACCUGUUGCUGCCAUUAUCAGGGUUAUACGGAAUCGCUGUUGUUAAAUACAGAAAACAAGCCUUAUGAAGGUGACAGGGUGAUAUAUAUAUAUUUUUGGUCAUUGGUAAUUUGAUAAUUAGUAUUUUUAAUAUCAUUUUAAAGGACUUUUUUCUACAAUUCUGACAGUUAUAAUUGAUCAUUGUAAGAAAUGCACCCUCUGCUGGUUUUAGAAAAUUAUAUUUAUCCUUCAUAAUCCUAUAUGAAUACAGCAUGUCAAUAAUGUAUGUCAAAUUGUGCUUGUGAUAUUCAAAUGAACGCCCUUUGUAUUAGUUUGUGCCAUCACAAUACUAGAGAACCUUAUUUAUUUUUUACCAAACAUUUUCAGUGUAUUAUAUUUGCAUUAUAUGACAAUUUUAGUCUUGUUAACGAACAUGUUGAGUCAUUUUAUUUAAUGAAUCAAAACUUGUUCAAAGGACUUUACAUAUAUAAAUUGUUCCAUGUUUUCCUGUUUUCCUAAAACAAGCCAGAUUU